AUAGUCUAAGUACAUAUAACAUCUUUUGAAUAACAUUUUGUACUGAUAAACUUGUAAUAUUAAAGUUACAAUACGGAAGAAUGGAAAAACUUUGGGACGGACUAAAGAAUCUGGUGAAUUUGAAAGAGCUUGACCUUAUGCACUCCAAGAAAUUAAAAAAGAUGCCAGAUUUAUCACAACCAACAAAUGUUGAAGUACUGGUCCUCUUGGGUUGUUCUAUGUUGACUAGUGAUGAUUCCUCUAUUUUCUCUCUGCCCAAACUCGAAAGUAUUGACAUUUCGGGCUGCAAAUCUCUAACCCUACUCACAAGCAAUUCCUAUUUUUGCAACUUCAGUUAUCUGAAUCUAGAUUUUUCCAUGAAUCUAAGGGAGUUUUCACUGAUAUCACAGAAUAUGAAAGAACUGAGAUUAGGAUUUACAAAGGUCAAAGUACUUCCUUCAUCAUUUGAAUGCCACAGCAAGCUUAAAUCGUUGCAUCUAACAAGAAGUGGCAUUGAGAUGUUACCUUCUUCCUUCAACAAUCUUACUCAACUGCAACAUCUAGACAUAAACAAUUGCAACAAGCUUCGAACAAUACCAGAGCUUCCUCCGUCCCUUCAAACUCUAGAAGUCAGCAAAUGCAAAUCUCUUAAAAAUCUGUCAAACCUUCCAUCGUCUCUUAAAACUUUAAAAGCCAUUGAAUGCAAAUCAUUGAAGACUGUAUCGUUUCCUUCAACCGCUGAUGAACAAUUAACGGAAAACAAGAAACAGUUUUUGUUCUGGAAUUGCAGGAACUUGGAUGAAAGUUCUGCAGAGGCUAUUGGGUUGAAAGCACAGAUGAAUCUCAUGGAACUUGAAGAGUACAAUUCCAUGAUGAGAGAAUGGUGGGAUAAAUGUGAUGGGAGGAGGGGAGACAACAUGGGGUAG